CGCGUGAAAGAUAAUGAAUGACUGGACGGCUGUAAUGAGGAUAGAGCUUGCCCUACCCGGACUUACUUGUCGAGCGGAUGAGGAUGACGUCCACCAAGCUUUCAUUGAGAGUGUCGAGCUUUGCGAUAGGCAGGAUGUGUGCCGGACAGGCUGCCCCUCACUCGAACAGGCGUCUUCUCUUAUCGAGAGUCUACGACUUCCCAAAAGCAGUCUUGGAAGACGACGCUCUGGGCUCACCAUUCCUGAGCCAGAGACGCCGACGGGAUGGAGAAGUUGAAGACUGUAUUGAUUGCAAACCGAUCAACAUUCAGGGUUCGAAUCAUUAAGACUGCGAAGAGACUGGGGAUCAAGACCUUGUCCAUCUACACCUCAGCGGACGCAGCCUCACUUCACGUGUCUCAGGCGGACGAAGCCAUCUUACUGCCAGGUUCUAAUAACACAGCAUAUACGGAUGGUGACAAGAUUAUCAACAUUGCGAAAGAUCGAGGUGCUGAUGCCAUCAUUCCUGGAUAUGGAUUCUUGUCCGAAAAUGCAAAUUUCGCACGCUCUGUUGGUCAGGCCGGACUAGUCUGGUGUGGGCCGAGUCCGGAGGCAAUCGAAGCAUUCGGCAUCAAACAUGUCGCUCGCGAUCUUGCGGAGAAGGCUGGUGUGCCGAUUGUCCCAGGAACCAAAGGGCUUGUCGACUCUGAAGAUCAUGCCAUCAGCGAGGCUGAGCAAAUCGGCUUUCCAGUCAUGCUGAAAGCCACGGGUGGAGGUGGUGGCAUGGGUCUUGUCGUCUGCAACAAUGCCGACGAAGUGAGGAGCGGCUUUAAGACCGUUCGGAGCAGAGGCGAGACUCUCUUCAAGAAUCCCGGAAUAUUUAUCGAACGCUUUGUAGCUGAAGGCCGUCACAUUGAAGUGCAGGUUUUCGGCAACGGCGAUGGUGAAGCCAUCCACUUCGGCGAGCGCGAGUGUUCUAUCCAGCGACGGAAUCAGAAAGUCAUUGAAGAGUGCCCUUCGCCUUUUGUCGAGCAACAUCCCGAACUCCGAGACAAGCUUGGAGCUACAGCUGUUAGCCUUGCCCAGUCCGUCAGGUAUGGCUCUGCAGGAACCAUUGAGUACAUCGUUGACGAUAAGUCGGGCGACUUCUACUUUCUGGAGAUGAACACGCGCCUACAGGUCGAGCAUGGCAUCACUGAAAUGGUGUAUGAUGUCGAUCUUGUGGAGCUAAUGUUCAGGCAAGCCGAUGCUCAGCUCUGUGGUAAGGGCGGUCUUUCGGCAGACACCCUGCGGUCAUUGCAGCCUUCGAAGCCAACUGGUGUCGCAAUCGAAGCGAGAGUGUAUGCAGAGAACCCGCUGCGGGACUACGCGCCUUCCCCAGGUCUGCUGCAGAAGGUGGAGUGGGAGCAUUUAGAAGGGUCACGAAUCGACACUUGGGUUUUCACUGGCACUCAAGUAUCUCCCAGCUAUGAUCCACUGUUGGCUAAGGUGAUGAACCAUGGGAGAACGAGAGCGGCUGCCAUCAAGGGGAUGGAGCUUCUGCUUACGAGGUCCAGCAUAUGCGGCCCUCCCACAAACCUUGAGUUUCUGGCCGCGAUCGUGCAGAGUGAAAAAUUUAAGUCUGGCUACACACUCACGGGCUUCUUAAAUGACUUUAAGUAUGCUCCACAUACAAUUGACGUUAUCAGCGCUGGAGCCUAUACGCUCAUUCAAGACCUUCCGGGACGACCAAGCGUAGGCAAGGGGAUUCCGCACUCUGGAGCGAUGGAUCCGGUAGCACUCAGCUGCGCUAACAUGCUUGUUGGCAACGAUGCCGGCACUGAAGGCUUGGAAAUCACACUGAGCGGCCCAGAGCUACGGUUCGUCGGUCCCGCCGUCGUCGCUCUGACCGGCGCGCCUAUGGAGUUCACCUUGGACGGUGACGCUGUCCCAAUGUGGACGAGAAAGCACAUCAAGGCAGGACAGAAGCUCAGAAUUGGGAAGACAACAGGCGGCGGCUGUCGUGCCUACCUUGCGGUCUACGGAGGGUUUCCGAGUGUCGCGGAUUACUUCGGUUCCAAAGCAACAAGCCCGUUAGUAGGCAUUGGUGGCUAUCAAGGGCGUGCUCUGGCUCCGGGCGAUUUGCUGGAGAUUGUCGGACCGCUGCCCGACACGCUUGGUGGACACCCUUCGAUCCCGGACUCUCUGCGCCCCACGUAUCCAGAAUCGUGGGAGAUCAUGUGCAUGCCUGGUCCACACUCAGAAGGCUACUUUACGAAAGAGGACAUCACCAUGAUCUACUCAAGCGAGCUCAAAGUCUCGCACAAUGCUAGUAGAAGCGCGAUUCGGCUUAUACCUCCGAGUACGCCGCAAUGGGCAAGAAAGGAUGGCGGAGAGGGCGGCUCUCAUCCAAGCAAUGUCGUCGAAUAUGGUUAUCCACUUGGUGCGGUUAACUGGACUGGCGAUGACCCGUGCCUAUUCGUCGUCGAUUGCCCCAAUUUUGGUGGCUUCGCCUCCUCUACGACCGUCAUACGCGCCGACUGGUGGAAGCUCGGCCAGGUCAAAGCAGGCAACACGGUCCGCUUCGGGCCAGUAUCUCUUGACGAGGCACUGAAGCUUCGAAAGCAAGUUUCUGAGUACCUUGAGGGUAUCAGGCGCGGUGUACAGACUGGCAACUUCAAGGAUGUGCACGCACUUAAGCUGACGCAUGACACGACUGGAAACUACGGCAAAGCAGUUAUUUGGGAGAGGGCUCCGCAAGAGAACCAGCCGCAGGUACGAUACCGGCAGGGCGGCGAUGACUUCAUACUGGUUGAAUAUGGCAAUGAGCAGUUCGACCUCAACCACCGUUGUCGAGUGACAGCGCUAGAGAAGGCUCUGCGAUCCCCGGAUGCACCUUCAUGGCUAAAAGAAAGCUUGAUCAACACAGUCGGAUGCUGCACAUCAAUUACGCUGUUCUACGAUGGAGCCAAACUUCCGCGGAAUCAGCUGAUUGAGCAUCUGCAGAUGCUUGAAGAUAGACUCGGAGAUCUCAGCAGGAUCAAAGUACCCUGCCGGCGCUUCAGACUUCCGCUCUCGUUCGAGAGCAAAGAGCAAUCGGAAGCCACGAAGCGUUACAUGGAGACUCAGCGACCGCACGCACCUUAUCUGCCAGACAACCUAGGCUUUGUGGCGAAGAAUAACGCUUUCACUCCUGAGCAGCUGAAGCAGAACAUGCUGAAGGGCACGCUGAUGGCUGUCGUGGUCGGCUUCUAUUGUGGAAAUACUGUCUCUUUGCCGGUCGAUCCUCGACAGCGCAUGUCAUGUCCAAAGACGAACCCAAGCCGGGUCUUUACACCCGAAGGCACGUUCGGAUGGGGCGGUUCAUGUGCUUCAAUAUAUCCUGUCGAUUCGCCUGGCGGCUAUAUGAUAAUAGCGAGAACGGUUCCUUGCUUCGACUAUCUCGGCUACAAGGCUGGCUUCUCCAUCGAGCAGCCAUGGCUUUUUCGAGAUUUCGACCUGCUGACGUUCUAUCAAUGUAGCGAGGAAGAGCUGAAUCAGAAGCUCGGACGCUUUCGUGCUGGAUUAUAUGAGUUCGAAUGGGAGGAUGUUGAGUUUGAUAUGGCGGAGCACAAUAGGCUCCUUGAGGAGACAGCGAGUGAGGUGCAGCAGCUGCGCGAAAGGCAGGCUAAGGUCCAAAUGGAGAUGAUCGAUGCGGAGAACAAGUCAUUGCGGCAAUGGCGGGAGGAGAAGGAGAAGGAAAAGCCAGACGAGGGCACAAUCGACGCAUUGCUUGCUGAUCCAGCAAUUUCGAGCAUCGAUGCACCGGUCGAAGCUAAUGUCUGGAAGGUAUUGGUUGAGGAGGGAACCGCCAUCGAGUCGAAGCAGGUCAUAGCGAUCCUUGAGGCUAUGAAGCUUGAGAUCAAUGUGAAUGCACCAGACGACUUGAACCAUGGAAAGAUUGAGAAGGUGCUCGUCCAACAGGGCGAAACGAUCAAAGCUGGCGGUCGAAUCGCAUUGGUGCGGUCUUGACGAUGAUACGCAAGCAUGUGUCUGUCAUGCCGGUCAGAAGCAGUACCUUAUCACCCGGCUAUCAUAUCACUUCAUGUUAUGCGAACACCAAUCGCAUGCUCUGACAUAGCCGGCAGCUGCGAGCGGCGUGUGAGGCAUACCCUUGCUGUGUUUCCCGAUACGACUAUCAUCAUCAGCAUAUGCCGAAGACCUUGUUCAUCAGGCUAGUGAGCCGUAGGUGCAGGCAGCAGAGUCCAGUGAGAUACGUGGAGCGAUUCACAACUGUUCACCCGCAAUUGAACCUAGAGGAAGCAUUCACCGCAGACUGAAUGUGAGUAAGUGCUUUUGCAAUAUCUGUUUGCCGGACUAAAUCUAUAACAAUG